CAGACAUUGAUUCUUGAGUUCCACGAGGUACAGCGCAGCGCGACGCAAUGGUGGAGCUGCUCCCUGUGGGUUUCAUGGACUGGCUGGCGCUGGCUGUGGCUGUGGCGUUAUACUACUUUCUUGUCGAGCAGCUGUCAUACCGCCGCAAGAAGGGGGCCCUGCCAGGCCCGUCGUUGGUCGUGCCGUUCCUCGGCAGCAUCGUGCCCAUGAUACGAGACCCGGCCGGGUUCUGGGACACGCAGGCGGCCCGGGCAAAGAAGUCCGGUGCCGGGCUGGCGGCUGACUUCGUGGUCGGCCGGUUCAUCGUCUUCAUCCGCGACUCGGAGCUAUCCCAUCGCGUGUUCGCCAACGUCCGCCCCGACGCCUUCCAGUUCGUCGGCCACCCUUUCGGCAAGGACCUCUUCGGCAUCUUCUACCUGUUCGGCGACGAGCACAAGGACCUGCGCCGCAGGAUGGCGCCCAACUUCACGCCGCGCACUCUCUCCACCUACGCCGCCGUCCAGCAGCGCAUCAUCCUUGCCCACAUCCGGAGGUUGCUAGACCGGAACCGGAGAUCAGUCGCGGCGCCGAUACAGGUGACCUGCCGCAACAUAAACCUCGAGACCUCACAGACGGUCUUCGUAGGGCCGUACCUCACCGAGGAGGCGAGGGAGAGAUUCGACAAGGACUACGCCCUCUUCAACGCGGGUCUCCUGGCAAUGCCCGUGGACCUGCCCGGGUUCGCCUUCAGACGCGCGAAGCUGGCCGUGGCGCGGCUGGUGCGCACGCUCGGGGAGUGCGUGCGCCAGAGCAAGGCACGGAUGCGCGCCGGCGGCGAGCCGGAGUGCCUCGCUGACUACUGGAUGCAGGCCCUGGUGAAAGAGAUCGACGCGGCCGCGACGCCUCCCGUGCACACCGAUGACGUGGAGCUUGGGGGGUUUCUGUUCGACUUCCUCUUCGCCGCCCAGGACGC